AUGGCGAUAAAAAACGAUAUAAUGUUAAAUGUGAAAUUUAUAGGCGCUCUUUUAUGGGAAAUUGCUGAAGAAGAAAUACCUUAUACUAGACUAGGAAUAGAUUUGCAGACUAUUCGAGACCGUGUUGUUAAAGAGAAAUAUCCUUUAAAUCAUGAACCAGAUUUUCGUCCAACAAUUGCUAAAAUACACACAGUCCUCAAUGAUUAUCGUCAUAAAUGGAUGGGUGUAGAUCAAGCAACUGAAGAAUAUCGAAAGUCCGGCGGAAAUAAACAAAAAGCAUGGGAGAGCUUUAAAUACCACGCUGAACAGGGUGACAUAAUUGCGAAAUACUGGGUUGGUUACUAUCUAUAUCAUUCCAUCCUUCCUGAACAUAUAGAAAAUCGUCAAGAAAAUCUUCAACAUGCGGCAAUAUUGUUUAAAGAAGCUGUAGCUCAUGGUAAAGUUGAAGCUCAACUUCGAUACGGAUUCUGUUUGUGGCAAGGUGACGGUGUUCAGGUCGAUUGGGACGAGGCUAUGAGAUACUUAAAGUUAGCAGCUGAUAAUGGAAAUCCUACAGCUAUGUAUAAUGUCGGAAGUGCUUAUUGGUUUGGAAAAGAAGUAGCAAAAGAUCAAGAAAUUGGUGCCAAAUAUUUGAAAGUGGCUGCUAAGAAGGAUCAACAUAAUGCCAUUGCUAUGUGCAAAAAACUCGGGAUUAGUUUUUGA